CGCGUACAAAAUAACACAUAUCCAUCUUCACUCCUCGUCUGCCAAGACACAAAGCCUCCAUCUCGACAACUUCAUUCUGUACAUAUUUGAAAGUUUUCCCUCUGCUUGCGAAGAUGCAGCGAAAUAAUUACGGGCACCCUGCCCCUGCGACCUCUCCGCCUCUCCAUCAUCCCGUACCCCAACAUGUCUCUACAGUCCCUCAAUUGCGGUCACCACCCCCUCCGGUCCCUCAGCAGCAGCAGCAGCAGCCGGGGUAUGGAAACCCUUACCAACCACAAGCUCCACAGGGGGUAUCGAGUGCCUUUGGCGCAUAUGGCGGGUUCAUGACGGAUCCUACGGCCCAGAUGGGCUUUCAAGUCGGACAAACAGCUUUAAAGCAUGGAACAGAAUACGUGGAGCAGAAUAUCAACCGAUACGUCAACUGGUCUGCGCUCAAGCAUUAUUUCAAUGUUUCGAACCAAUACGUUGUCAAUAAGCUGUUCUUGGUCCUCUUCCCCUGGAAACAUAAGCCUUGGUCACGAAAGCAGGCUAUCGGUCCAAAUGGGCAAGAAGGUUGGUUUCUGCCUCCACGCGACGAUAUCAACAGUCCGGAUAUGUACAUCCCUGUGAUGGCACUGGUUACAUACAUCCUCCUUUCUACCUUGCUUGCCGGCCUUCGGGGCGCCUUUCAACCAGAACUACUUGGAUACACAGCAACUUCGGCCUUUUUUAUCGUCGUGAUCGAGAUUCUUGGCCUGAAGCUUGGAUGUUACCUAUUAUCCAUCUCAAAUGACUCGCAAUUAUUGGAUCUUGUUGCCUAUUCCGGCUACAAGUUUGUCGGGGUCAUUGUUACGUUAGUUAUCAGUGAAAUUCUCAAUGGUGGGAAAGGCACCGGUGGAUGGGUUGGCUGGACGGUCUUUGUAUACACUUUCUUAGCGAACGCCCUUUUCUUAUUACGAUCUCUGAAAUACGUCCUUCUCCCAGAAAGCUCCAGUGAUGAGAGGGGCACGAUGCAAACAGUAGCACGAUCACAAAAGAGCCGAAGGACCCAGUUUCUCUUCCUAUAUUCAUACCCUGUACAAUUGGUCUUUAUGUGGGGCCUCACGAGAACAUGAACAUGAAGUUCGUCAUGAGAUGGGGGAAAUAGUGCUGGCAAUAAAAUUUGGAGAGGGCCGAGAAUCAGGAGCUACAAGCGUGGAAGAUCCCCCGGAUCUGAACCUGGCGAGACAUCUGGCCCAUGCUAUGAGAGGUGCUCUAUGCUGUACGAUACAUAAUUCAAACCCGAUAAACGUGAGAAAAUAGUUACGAUUCUCUAGGAAAAUAUUUCAGGAGUGCGGCCAGUAUCAUUGCGGUCAUAGGAUAUGUCUGCAAGCGUAGCACAGCCAUUACCAGCCAGCCCUGAGAGAAGCUCUAAUUAGAGCGGAUAAUUAAUUGUUUAGAGGGGAUUGGAAGGCUUCAACGCAGAAGAAAGUAUCAAGGCAAUCCGAGCGUGCGGUCAGAAGGAUUGAAACGUUUCCCUUUGCCCUCGAACAAGGCC